AUGAGGCCCAGCACCGCAUGGCCCGCAGUAGCGCUGUGUGCGCUGUGUAUAGUCCAACUCGUCGCAGCUCAGAGCACCGUCACGACCACCGUUGCAAACGGAGAGUGAGUCAAACCGACGACACACGUCCUCGGCUCGGUUGGUGGCUCUAUCCCCCUUCCGCAGUCUGGACGAAACAAUCCCCGACCGCUCUCCGGGGAAGCGGGAGCAGAGUGGGUCGAUCCUGGCGCAUAGGCUGACCCUCCUCCUUUGAUGGGAUGCGACCGCGUCUUCCGCAGUGGCACAGGGACGGUCGAAGUUCUCUACGAAGAUUCCGACGGUGAUGUUACUUCGACGCGCAUCCUGAGCACCAUCACCAUCACCAUCGCCACCACCACCACCACCAUCGCGAACCAAGGCCAGGUCGGCCCGACCACACUGUGCACAACCGCCGGCUGCUCCGCCUUACCCAGUAAGUUCGAACAAUGGCUCGAGCGUGAUGAAACACACACUGUAUCACUUGACUGAACACUCCUUAUGGGUUGUUCCCACCUCCGCAGCCACCUACACAGUUGCGACGACGAUCGAGUGAGUUUCUUUUUGGGCCGUCUAGGGGCUCGCCGAGGCGCGAGCCGAGCAAGCGAUGCGUCGCGAAUUUGACCGCAUGCAGAUACUGACAAAAGUGCAAUUUUACGUGUGCAGUGGCGUUUCUACACAAGUUAUCGCGACAUGGUAUGCCUCCACACCCGAGACCGCGAUCCCGACCUGGACUUCGUCGGGUUCGAUCGAGGCGCUUGCUUCUUGUCAGUCCUGUCUUGGUCAAGAACGGAUUCCUGACGAUGGUCAGAUUGACCGGGACCCAAACCCAUCCUUGCGUAUUCUAAUAGAUAUCACCACUACGAUCACCGUCAAGGGCGGUAGCUCGAGCUCUGGCUCGUCGCCCUCUUCGAGUCCAUGGUUCGUCGGCGAAAAGACGGUCGUGGUUAUCGGUGCGAUCUUUGCAGGCGUCUUUGGAGCGGCCAUCGUUUUGUGA